AGUCCGCCUUAAAAUCUUUCUGGUGGAAAAAUGCUGAAUUAAAAGUUACAGAGAAAACUUUCCCUGCUUUAUCUUGUGAGGCUCCUCUAUCUGCUAUCAUGUGCCUGACUUCACCAGCAGAACGUCCCGCUCCGCUGGUCAGGGUCGACCUCGAGCUGUAUCAUAAAUACCGGUGAGAGUCUACAUCCUGCUUUCACUCUGCACCAGAUACUUCUUCGAGGAAGUAAACUCCCGAACGCUGUGGCGCGAGCUUUUGUUUCACAGUUCACCGUUAUUUUCAAACCACAAUCGCUUCUGCUGCGGGACAACUUCAGCGCCCAUCGCGGUUCGGGGGAACCACGGUAACGACUCACUGGAGGAAACCGAACACCCAGGUUCUACCACGAGGAGAACGCGCUGUGCAACAGCACGGCUUGUGGAGGAAACCUGGGCCGCAGCGUCUCACUGAGUGGGGGAGGAUGGGCAGCGGUGGAGGCAAGCAUUCUACAGAGGAGACUGUUGAUUUGACUGCUCCAAAUGUCGUCCUCAUGAAAACUAAAUAUGGUGAAGCAGCCGUCGAACCACUGGAUGUCUGGGUGCAAAAGUUUGGGUUUCCCCCCGAAGGUACUUUCCACAUGAGUUAUCUGAUGCAGGCUCAGAAAAGAAUGGAUUUUCAAAUGAAAAAAAUUAUGGCCAAGAAGAGAGUAUCUAUGAAGGACUUGGAAAGUGCUGAGAAACACCUGAAGGCUCUACAGAUUUGGAAGCACGAGGCUGAAUGCAGGGAAAGAAGGGGGCACUGCAGAGAGGGGCCGUUUCUAAAUGAGCUGAGCUUCGAUGAGCUUCAAACUAAUAAUUCGAUAAAAGAAAUCGCCCACGAGGGAACGGCUCUGUGUUCUCAGACGCAUGCCGGUCCAGGUCCUCCGGUGCCUCCGAGCGCCUCAACGGUCACCCAUCCCUCAAUGGCCCCGCCAGAGGCCGCACCUCCACACGCAGCACCGGCGUGUGAACCGGACCCUGCCGACGACGCGCCCGCCGGCACCGACCCGGCGUCGCCGCGGGCGCCACCCUUCGAACGAUUUUGGACAGAGACAGAUAUUUGGAACGCGAUGUCACAUCUGCCUCCCCUGAAAAACUCGGGCAAGAGGUUCGCGGACUACCUCAAGGUGCUGUGCGAAGUGUACAGCCCGACUCUGCUGGAACUGAGGAAACUGCUGGAACUCAAGGUGGGUCAAGAUGACUGGGACAGAGUCUCUGACACAUUCCCUGCUGGCAGCUAUCAGAGGGUCGACUCGGACUGGGCUCAUGGAAGCAAUGACAAUUACAGACAAGCGCUGGAGACGCUGUGCUCUCAGAUAGAGAGUGCGUUCCCGCCGCGGGUCGACUCCGCCGCCGCGGCCGCCUGCACGCAGGGCGCCGAUGAAACCGCGUCUGAGCAUCUCGCACGCCUCACGGGCGCCGUCAACAGUUACUGCGGCCUUGAAGAACCUCGCUACUCAGGCCGUGAAUGCUCACCUUGGGAACGUCUCCUGACCGACUCUUUCGUUAAAGGCCUGCGAUCAGACAUACAGGGAGGAGCCAGAUCCAUCUGGACCGACUGGGAGGACAGCAGGCUGCUUGAAGGGGAGCUUCGUGCAAUUUGUACUGAAAACGCCAUCAAAGCACAGCAAAAAUGUAAAGAAGACAAAGCGCAGGAAGAUCUACUCAUAACAGAGCAGAGCCAGUUUUAUGUAAGUUGGGGAAGAGGCUGGGGUCAAAGGAGAGGAGGAAGACAUGGUAGAGGAUGGGGUCAAGGGAGAGGAGGAGGAGGAGGAGGAGGAGGAGGUAGAGGAUGGGGUGAAGGCAGAGGAGGAGGAGGUAGAGGAUGGGGUCAAGGGAGAGGAGGAGGAGGAGGAGGAGGAGGAGGAGGUAGAGGAUGGAGCCCAGUUCCGCCGGACGCGUGUUGGUUUUCUGUUGUCGACCUGGCGAACGCCGCUUUCAGCGUCCCUGUUCAUGCCGAGAGCCAGCGCUGGUUUGGGUUCCGCUUCAAGGGGGGAGGGUACACCUUCAGCCGCUUGUCUCAGGGCUUCUGUGACACAUCGGCCAUCCUCAGUGAAACGGUCCGGGCGAGCCUGGGACGCCUGCAGCUCACCCACGGCACAGCCCUCCUGCAGUACACAGACGAUCUGAUGAUCUGCAGCCCCACCAGAGACCGGUGUGAGACAGACACGCUCGCGCUUCUGAAGCACCUGGCUGCAGAGGGAUACAAGGCUAGCCGCUCCAAACUCCAGUUUGUGCAGGAAAAGGUGACUUACCUGGGCUACGCGAUCACAGCAGAGGGCAAAUCUAACACCCCCGAACGAAUAGAGAAGAUUCAAAAUACCUCCAAACCCGAAACCAAGCAACAGCUGCGCUCGUUUCUGGGCAAGGUUUCAUCUUUCAGAAGCUUCAUUCCCAACUACUCUGCUGUUGAAGCCCCCUUGCGCUCCAUUGAGCCACUGGAGGCACAGGAUGAGGUGACGUGGACCCCAGAAGCUGAACGCGCUUUUGAGGAUUUGAAAACAGCUUCGCAGACUGCACCCACGCUGGCGUUUCCUGAUACGUCCAGUCCAUUCACACAAACCGUUGAUGACAGGAAUGGGUUCAUGACGUCUGCACUGUUACAGAAGCGUGGAGACACGCUGAGGCCUGUUAGUUACUUUUCAGCAAAAUUAGACAGAGGGAGCGCUGGACUUCCCCCAUGUCUGCGCGCUGUGGCAGCUGCAGAGAAGGCCGUUCUGGCCUCCAUGAAACCCGUUUCUGGUGCUGCUUUAACGCUUCUCAGCCCUCAUGCAGUUAAACUACUUUUAGAACGAAAAUCGUCCCAGCUUUCCCCAGAAAAGUGGGAGAAAUACAGCACAGUAUUAUGUGACACGCCCAACAUUACUAUUGAACGCUGUUAUACUCUGGAUCCAUCUACACUGCUCCCCAUGGAGGGAGAACCAGAAGAGCACGACUGUGUGGCACUUUUAGAUGAAGCAUAA